ACUCAGUGUGAAGACAGACUGACAAUGACUUGGCAUUCUAGGACAUAAAAAUGAAUCACCUGUCCUCUAACAGGUCAAACCAGCUGCAGCUCACAGGUUAAGUCACAAAAUAUUACGCCUGGCUUAAAUGCUGGCUUUGUCAACAGGUGAUCAUCAUCCAAGGUCACGUUGUGAAUUUUUCUACAGACUUAUGGUACUGUUAACAGUGAUGGUUAGCACUCACACUAGAGCUAUGUAUAUACACCUUUACUGUGUGCCAGCUCUUCCUCACAGCUGCAGGUUUUGUUCUUUUUUUUGUUUUGUUUUUGCAUUACUCAAUCAUGGAUUUAAAGCAUUUUCUGUUCAUUGCUACAAAACCGUCAAAUUCAGACUGGUAUUUGACAUCGUCUGCCUUUAUUCUGCACCGUUUUUGUCCCACUCAGACUUUGAACUGAACUGUAAUGUACGUCUAAUGAGAUGCUGCACUCACUGAAGUUAAACCAAUGUGCAGAUGUGUGAUUAUUAGUUUUUAUUUGACUUGAGAGGGAAAAUCAACAACAGAUCAUCUUCUGUAAAUCUUUUCUGAAGCAUUUGGCCUGUAUCUUGAUUUUGUUUUAGGAUCUCUUGUAUAUGAAAGGAGUAAGCAACAGAAUAGCUGUGUUACGAGUUUCAUGAUCUAGGACGUGUUGUUUUUAGUGUCCACAUGCUGUUGAAAGCCCUUUUCUUAAGAAAAUAAAAAAAGUAUCCAUUUUUAGUCAAAGUACUACAAAUUUCAUUCCAUAGCUGUGCCCAUAAACACGAAUGCCUUUGGGGCUGGAGAUCAAUGAAUAGUCCAUUGAAGGACCAUUAAUUGUGUGAAGAUGGAUUUAGAUUUGUGUGUGUGUGUGUGUGUGUGUGUGUGUGUGUGUCCUAAGAGGUUUUAUGGAAAAUGUAGACUGUUGGUUGCAAUGCAUUCAAGGCCUUGACAGGAAGAGGCUACCUGCAUCAUAUACCAAUCAGCCACAACAUUAAAUCCACCUGCUGGUUUUAAUGCUGCGUUGGACAGGUGUCUGCAUGGGCACAUGCACAGCCAGCUGUGAUGCACGGUGUAUUCUGACACCUGUCUGCCAUGGCUGGCAUUAGAUUUUCCCCAUGCUGAUCCCCGUCCACCACAACAUUAAAGCCACCAGGUGGCUGAUUGGUGUACAUCAGAAGCCAUUCACAUCUAUGCAGGUAUCCAGACCCAAAGUUGUUUACUUCAGUAAACUCAGAAGAACUGUUAUUCUAUGAUACAGUUUAGAAAGAACUAAGUCAGCUUCAGGAAACAUUUGACCUUUAUUUCAGACUUUUGUUAGCUGUACUAAAACCUGCCCACCCUAGUGAACAACACAAUCAUCUGGUGCAUCUUAUUAACCCGCCAUAUAAAAUGCUGAUAUUGUGCCGACUGUUGCUAUCACUUUCUGUGAUUUUGUUUUAGCAGAGAGUACAAAAUAGAGGGUGGAUACACAUAUCGUAAUGUGUUCAGCAGUUUAACUGCUUCAAAUAUGACUAUACCAAACAAAUAAACAGAAAGCUGGAGCACUCAAUUGUGUGCUUCGUUUCAUGGUAAGGGGACAGAGACAUUUUGACUCAUAGGUCUUCCUCAGAGUCAAGCACGAUGGACACAAAUUCAACUGUGUUUGGCUCAGGUCAAGUUCAGCCACCACGCUCUCUGGGUCAGGUCAGGUUCGGGGGAAAAAUAUGCAGCUCGAGCCAUAUUUUAGUACAAAACAAAAUGGGGGCAGUCUUUUUCUGUUGUCAUACAACAGAAAAAGACUUUAAAGUCUGAGAUCACAACUCCAGUAUUUACUGUUUAGCAUUGUUUAAUGUUGUAGUUAUCAAACAGAAGUGGAAAGCUAGAGAAUUUAAAUGAGGCAUUAGGAUACACACAAGUUAUCGUAGACAGCAGUGAGCAGCAGCUUCAAUGGUUCAGCAUUUUUUGGGCCCUUAACUUUGCUGUUUUGAUUCACGCUCUCAGUUCUCAUCGACCUUAUUUUCAGCCAGUUCAGCAACAGUUUGCUCCACUGCUCCCAGGUGGGCAAAAAUUCUGUUAAUACUGCUUUAAGUUUGGAGCUGGAGUCCAGAAGUGUUUAGCUGACUUAGCAAAAUGGAUUUGGUCUCAACCCUGGCAACCACACGGUGACGACAAGACUCUCAGAAGCAGCAUGUGGUCAUUGCACCAAACUAUUGUUUAUCAGGAUACAUCUCUAACACAAGUCCUUCUCAAACCACUUAGAAGUUAAUGUUUAUGUACAGAAACACAAUACAACGUGGUGACUGUUAGUGCUGUCUGUUUUUGAACGUAGGCUAAAGUGAGGCUAGGCUAACUGUUUACCCUGCUUACAGGCUACAUGCUAAACUAGCUAAACACGUAUGGACUCGUACUGUAUGCACACAUGAAAAUAAUACUGUUCAUUUCAUCUCACUUUCAGAAAGCAUGUAAACACUAUUCAUAAAAUGUUGAACUGCUCUUCAUGUGAGCAGAUCUACACUCCAUUGCAUUUUUAAAUCAUGUUUCAGGAGAUGUCCUUGUUCUGUACUCUUAAAUAUGAGAUAAGAAGGUGAGGUCCCCCUUAGACACUCAGCAGCCAAUAAUACGACUGGUAGCCCAGCAGUUUUCUUACUGAUGCAGACUUUCAUCACACCACACUCAGAAAUAAUUCAAAGACAUCAACUCACAUGUGUUGAGGUGAUAAUGUGUGUCUGUGUCUAUACCCGGCCACCAUUGUCAUCAUUAUCUGUAUGCAGUUUGUGUUUUUCCUAACUGAAGCACAGAUGUCAAGCUGCUGUUCAGGGUGCCCAGCUAGCUUUGACUUUGGUAGGAAAACUAUGGCAUGGUGGCCCUGGCUGUAUGGCCCAAACUGUUGUUACAUGGUGCUUGAAGGCUACAUCUUGUUGCUGUUUUUGUAUGUUGUUGCAUAUUUUCCAGACUUAGGAACUGUGGGAAAUAAUGACUGCUGCUGCAGGUCAAAUGACGUUGCAAGGUGCAGGCAACGCAGAGAAAUUUGACUAUGUCAUGAACUUUCUGAAACAGAUGGCAGGAAAUGAGUAUGUGGGUUUCAGCAAUGCUACAUUCCAGUCAGAGCGUGAAUCAGGAGACAGGAAUUUUGCCAUUGGCUACUACCUGAAAGAAAAAAAGUGUUUCCCAGAGGGAACAGACAUGACAUCUGUGCUGGACUUGUACUUUCAACUGUGUGCCAUUGAGGUAACCACUGAGAGCGCCAGCGUCAUGGCGGCCACCCUGGCUAACGGCGGUAUCUGCCCAAUCACGGGUGAGCGUGUGCUGAGCCCCGAGGCGGUGAGGAAUACCCUGAGUCUGAUGCACUCCUGUGGCAUGUACGACUUCUCAGGGCAGUUUGCCUUCCACGUUGGGCUGCCAGCCAAGUCUGGAGUAGCUGGGGGGAUCCUGCUUGUUGUACCCAACGUGAUGGGUAUUAUGUGCUGGUCACCUCCACUAGACAAGCUGGGCAAUUCAGUCAGAGGAAUACAGUUCUGCACGGACCUUGUGGAGCAUUUCAAUUUCCACAACUACGACAAUCUGAGGCACUUUGCCAAGAAGCAUGAUCCUCGAAAAGAAGCAGGGGACCAGCGGGUGAAGUCUGUCAUCCACCUGCUGUUCGCCGCCUACACAGGAAACGUCUCUGCCCUGAGGAGGUUUGCACUGUCAUCCAUGGACAUGGAGCAGAAGGACUAUGACUCCAGGACAGCCCUCCAUGUGGCAGCAGCUGAAGGACACACAGAGGCGGUCCGCUUCCUGCUGGAGGCGUGCAAGGCGGACCCACUAUCCAAAGACAGAUGGGGGAACACACCCAUAGAUGAAGCGGUGCAGUUUGGCCACCAAGAGGUCAUCGCCAUCCUGCAGCAGUACCACAACAAAUCCAGCCCACCUGCUGCUGCUGAUGGCAAGGAGAGCACCGAGAAGGGUGUGGACAGCAGCCUGUAGCAGACCUGCCGCAGUGGAAUAAGUUUGUACGUUAGUGCUCAGAUGUGUGACAUGUGUGAUGCGUUAGUUAUUUGCCUUUCUCCGUUGCCGUGUCUCAUCUGGCGUGCUUUGCUUCCUUGCUCUAUAUCACUUCCUCCCCUCUAUCACAGUGUAAUGUGUUUAAUGUGUGAGCAAGCUACUUAAUCAGUGCUGUUCAAACAGAUACAAUACGAUAUCUUUAAUGCUAUAUUUACAAUUUAUUACUCUUAAUCUGUCCGUACUGAAAAAAACGCACUGUGCUCUCACAGGAUAUUUGUUUAGUUCUAGCACAGUUUCGUUUCCAAACUUCUCUCCAUGGUUAUAGUUGUGUCAGUGUGGUGAGAUAGUCAGCUGUGUGCAAAUGAUAGAAUUUCUAUGCUGUGUCUCAGCUUGUGUAACCAUGUAGAAGCUGCCAGGCUUCGUGCUGAUGCUGCAGUGAUGUGCCUGUCUGAUCUCCUUAGACCUGCAUCAUUCACAGAUUCCCUCCUGACUCCUGCCAGGUCACUGGCAGGUUUCAUGAAGCUUCACUUCUCGUCUGAAGCUGCUGAUCGAUUGUAUUCUGACUGUAUUUUAUAGUGGCAUAGUCAUCUGAACAUUGUUUUUCAUCUGCUUUCCCCUGACGUCUUCCAUCCCUUCUCGUCAAUAUUGCCAGCAAGCAAAUGUUCUCAUUUUGUCUUUUUCCUUCCCACCUGAUGAUCCCAGUGCUUUAGAUUUGAGGUUUUUAUGCUGCUUCGCUCAUACUGAAUCUAAAUCGGUCUAUUGAUGUAGUGUAAACAUAUACUGAAUGUAGCCUCAUUACAUUUAGACAAUAUAUACAGUGAGCUGUGCAUUAACUGUAGCCUGAACUGAAGAAAAAGUGUUGACACACAGGCUGCAAGUUACGCUGUAACAUUCCGAGUCCAUUUUUCAGACUGUAUUUCUAGAAAAGUGGAAUUUAAAAGAAUAUGUGUGACUGAUGUGUUGAUAGUAGCCAAUAAGAGCAAGCACAAAGUCCAAAGUGGAGGGACAAAGUAUUAGAUUUUUGAUCGAGUCCCUGACAUGACAAAUGUCAGGAACAUGGGGAGAGUCAGACGUACAACUGAGCACCUAAUUUAAAUGAUAGAAGCUGAAUAAAACAUUUAAACUGUUUAAAAAAGGCAAGAAGUGAUAAAUGUUAAUUGCAGUGAGGUGAGUAAAGACUUAGUCCUACUGUCUCUUUAACUCUUUUCCCCUUCCAAAUCGUCCUGAUGUCUCCUUAUCCUCAGCAGAUGGAAACUCCUUUUUAUGUGUCACUUUUUUGUUGUAGCUGAUGAUGAAUUGGAGAUUUGUAUGGUUGGCAUUUGAUGCAUUACACAUGUGUGCAACAUAUGUUGAAUGACUUAAGCCUAGGAAUUCAGGAACAGUCACUGGCAUUACUACAGACCAACGCAGAUUAAUCAGUCCCUCAAAAUCAGUCUUCCUCUAGUCAGAGGUUCUUCAUUUUCAAGUAAACCAGCCCUGAGCAAUACUGACAGCCUCCUUACUGUCACAAGCAACCAGCAAAAUCUUUUUCCAGUCAACAACAAUGAGAGCAUGCUAACAUGCCUACACUGGCAGUGCUAACAGUACGUAUAAUGUUUAUCACACCAUUUAUUACAACUUUUAAAAGACAGUGUUAGUUUUGCAGUGGUAAUUUUUACAGUAAAUGUCCCAGCUCACUUUUAUGGCACAUGUAAACUGAGUUAUAUAUGAUUCACCAGGUAAACCACUGGUUACUUAUGGGACCCCACUUACUGUCGGUGAAGUGAUGAAAAUAUGAGCAGGUCCAAAAGAAUAUAGUGUACAGAAAUGGAGCUCUUUGACUUUCUGAUGCAAUGUUUCUUCUGAUAGUAUGUUGGUAUUUUUUCAGCACAGAAUUCAUAUGCUGGAUGUUUGAGAAGGCUGAUGUUGGGGGUCAGGACAGUUUCUAGCAGGAAACUGAGAACAAGCAGUUGAGACAUAGGACAGUUGAAUGUGUUUGUCCUUUUUGCUGCAUAAAUAAAGUUAUACUUAUAGGUUCUGUACUGUAUAAUCCAGAUGUUUCUCUGACAGUAGAAUGCAAAUGUUUAUUUUAAUAAACAAAAGAACAUGUA